AUGUCAUUAAAUAUAUCACUAUACACGGUUUCAGCUUUGCUAAUAUUAGACAAUGAAGGUAAUAGACUAUAUGCUAAAUAUUAUACAUCAACAUUAGAAGAACAACAACCUCAAAAAGAAACAUCAAAAUCAACAACUACUUCCAAAUCAACAUCAUCAAAAUCUCAAACACAAUUAAAAUUUGAAAAAAAAUUAUUUUCAAAAAUAAAUAAAAUAAAUCAAGAUAUCAUAUUAUAUGAUAAUCAAUUGAUAGUAUAUAAACAAAUUAAUGAUGUUACAUUUAUAUUAACUUCACCAAUAAAUGAAAAUGAAUGUAUGGCAUAUACAACUUUAUCAAAUUUAAUUGAAGCAAUAACAAUAUUAUUAAAUAAUUCAAUUGAUCAACAAAUAAUUAUACAAAAUUAUGAUUUAGUAAGUUUAGCAAUAGAUGAAACUAUAGAUGAUGGAAUUAUAAUUGAAUAUGAUCCUGCUACUAUUGUAAGUAGAGUUACAAAUGCUCCAAUUGCUUCAACAGUUGAUUUAAAAAAUAUAGAUAUUAGUGAAAAGGGAUUAUUUAAUGCUUUAAGUUUUGCAGGUAAAAAAUUAAGUGAAAGAUUAAAUCAAGGUUUAUAG